UGGGUGCGGCGGAGGAGAAAGAGGAGUCGUAGUCGGAAUGGACGGGGAGGAGACGACGUUGGGCUCCAAGGCGGCCGCUCCGGCAACCAUCCGCCUCGUCAACUUCGUCUCCGAGGAGCAGCUCGACGAGGCGAAGCGGUCGAGAGGCGAGCGGGUGGAAGACGGCACCGCCCAGCGCGACAAGCCCCUCUUCCAGAUCCUGCAGGAGAACAAGGAUAAGAAGGAUGCCGAGUUCAAUGAGCGCUUCAAGCACAGACCUCCAAAAGCCUUGGAUGAGGAUGAGUCGGAGUUUCUCGACAAGUUAGCUUUGUCAAGGAAGGAAUAUGAACAGCAGGUGGCCAAUGAAGAAGCUGAACAACUACGUAGUUUUCAUGAGGCUGUAGCUGCCCAGUCUACUAUUGCUCAUGAACUUGUUGAGAUUCCUACAGUUUCUAGACCUGAGGAGAGCAAACCUAAGCCACCUGCAAAGAGGAGCCAGCCUGCACUCCUGAGAAAUGUUAUAGUUUCUGUGAAGCCACAAGCCAAGAAAGCAAAGGUCGGCGCGGAAAGUAAGCCUUCUCCCAAAGAGCUGCCUUCGAAUGGGCAUGAUACAGACUGCAAGCCACCAGGCGACACCAAGAGCGUACUCGGCUCUCUGGCGGCAUACGGAGAUGACGAUGAAAGUGGUGACGACGAUGAACAACAAUAAUAUCCCAGCUUCCAGAACGCUCAUUACCCCCAAGGAGAUGCAAUGCCACAACA